UGUUCAUGGCGAUGGAGGCCGAAGGAAUGGCUUCGGAGCUGAACUGGAGCUCCUUCGAUCCAUCAUUCUCCGUCGAGGAGACCGAGGAAGCCAUGGCGCAACUCUUCGGUUCUCAGCACAUGUUUUGGUCUGACUCCGAUUACGAUGGCUGCUACUCGAGCAACCCCGACAUGGCUGUUACCUCGACACCGAUGAAUUCUAGCGUCGGGGGAGAGGGAAACGCCGGCCCAUGGUUUCCUCUUGGUGCUUAUGAUCAACACGAUCGAGCGAUCUCCGUGAACGAGGAAACCAGCAGAGAUGAACUCGUCGAUGCUGUCGUGAAACCUCUUCCUCCUCCUCCUCCUCCUCCUCCUCCUCCUGCUGAUGCCUCACAAGGCACCAAGAGAAGGUUGCGUGGUGGUGAUAUCCAAAUAGAAGUUUCUCGAAAGAAGUGGAAGAAGGCACAGAAUAGUGCCGGCACUGCCGAUGAGGAAGACAGCAGUGCUGACAUUAAUCCUCGGAGCUCCUAUUGCUACGGCUCUGAGGAUGACUCGAAUGGUUCCCGGGAGCUGAAGGGAGCAGUCUCCAUGAGCUCAAGCUCCAAAGGAUCUGCAGCUCUGAAUCCAAAUCCUCAGAGCCUCUAUGCAAAGAAGAGGAGAGAAAGGAUCAAUGAGAGGCUGAGAAUUCUGCAAAACCUGGUGCCAAAUGGAACAAAGGUAGACAUCAGCACAAUGCUUGAAGAGGCAGUUCAAUACGUGAAGUUCUUGCAGCUCCAAAUCAAGCUUUUGAGCUCUGAUGAGAUGUGGAUGUAUGCUCCCAUUGCUUACAAUGGCGUGAGUCUCGGGUUCGACCUAAAAGAUCCCUCCAUCGUCUCAGCAGAGGAGAAUGACUCUGGGAUAUGAUGGUGUUCCUACUCUUCGUUCUUGUCACAAUUGUUUGAUCUUUUCUUUCUUUGGCUCAGUUCUACAUUGCAAUGGCAAUGUCUCGAGAGAAGGAUUAAUGGUUCGAAUGACAAAUCUCAUUCCAGUGAUGAGCAAAAAACAGUGCUGAUGGACUGCACUAAUAAAUCUCAGCAGGAAAUAAUCUCAUUAAAAGCUGCGUGUUUGCAAAGCCAGCAGCUUCAGAAUUGUACUAUGUGAGAAGCAAUUCACAAAUGAACAAAACAAGGAGGACAAUUACAAAAUCACAAAAGGAUUGUAUCAUCUUUUGGUCUCGUUUGAUUUGAACAUUCCACAUAGUCCAA